CAAAAUUAGAAGUUCGCUCAAAAACUGCCUGGCGUUGUGUGUGGUGAGAAAGACUGGGGAGUACGGAGCCUAUAAUACUCUCGAGAAAGGCUUCGUAAUUUAACAGCUCUUCGGUCUCCCCAUCUCCAACCCACCACCGCCGCUGCCGACCCACCUACAAUCGAAGGAUAUACUGUAAUUUAACUGUACAGAAAAAGUAACGUUACAGUAAAAACAUUUCAAAAUACGGUGUCUAGAACUGUUAAAGUGGAAGCCAGUAUGAACGUCAGCGCGGAGUCUUUCACCUCCAACCCAUUUCACAUCUGUAACAUCUGUCAGAAGGUGAUUAGGAAAAAGGAGAAAGGAGUCAGGGUGCCGCGACCCUUCUCCAGUGGACCCAGCGCCUUCAUUCCAAAAGAGGAGAUUGUGGAGGCGUCCCAGGUGGACCCCCAAACAGAGCAGAUCCUGGCCGAGGCCUACUCUCUGUCAGGCCACGUGGACCAUCUGACCCAGGUGAUGGGACUGCACCCCCACUACCUGGAGUCCUUCCUGCGUAGCCAGUUCUACCUGCUGAGGAUGGACGGCCCCCUGCCUCUCCACUGCCGACACUACAUUGCCAUCAUGGCUGCAGCGCGUCACCAGUGUUCCUUCCUGGUGUCUCUGCAUGUGCGUGAGUUCUACAGGAUGGGGAUGUGUCUAGACUGGCUGAAGGGUCUACAGUACGCCCCUCAGAGACUGAGGAACCUCAACGAGAUCAACAAGAUCCUAGCACACAGGCCCUGGCUCAUCACCAAAGAGCACAUUCAGAACUUGGUGAAAACAGGGGAGCACAGUUGGUCUUUGGCAGAGCUGGUCCAUGCUGUGGUCAUAUUGGCCCAUUUCCAUUCCCUGGCCAGCUUUGUGUUUGGCAGUGGUAUCAACCCCCAGGUGGAUCCACAGAAUGCCAAUGGCUUCCAGUCCGUUUUCAUCAGUGACAACUGUACAUGUGACUUGGCCAGCGACCAUCACCUGGACCGAGACCUCAGCAACACCAGCCCCGUGACCACAGACUCGGUCAGUGAGUUAGAGGCACUGAUGGACAGAAUGAAGAGGCUGCAGGAGGAGAGAGAGGAGGAUGAGGCCUCGCAGGAGGAGAUGGCCACACGCUUCGAGAAAGAGAAGAAAGAGAGCCUCCUGGUGGGCUCUGGGGAUAUGAAGAAUGAGGUGAUGCCCACAUCCAAAGUGUCUCGGUUUGUAGAGGAUGCCACCUUUGGGUACCAGCACUUUGCUCGACACGGAGAGGACAACCCACCAACAUUUAGAGCACAGGACUACUCGUGGGAGGACCAUGGUUUCUCUCUGGUCAACAGGCUGUACUCAGACAUUGGUCUGCUGCUGGAUGACAAGUUCCGAACAGCGUGUGACCUAACCUACUACAACAUGGCCAGUCAUGAGGACGUGGACACCACCAUGCUCCGACGUGCACUCUUCAACUACGUGCACUGCAUGUAUGGCAUCAGGUAUGAUGACUAUGACUAUGGGGAGGUGAAUCAGCUAUUGGAACGCAGUCUGAAGGUCUAUAUAAAGACGGUAACAUGUUAUCCAGAGAGGACCACUCGCCGCAUGUACGACAGCUACUGGUGCCAGUUCCGCCACUCCGAGAAGGUCCAUGUGAACCUACUCCUAAUGGAGGCCAGGAUGCAGGCAGAACUGCUAUACACCCUGCGCGCCAUCACACGCUACAUGACCUGACCCUGACCGACCACAGCGGGUUGUCUUUCUCCAACUGACCAAUAGAAAACCCCAGCCCUCUACAGUCCUCAUCACCCCACCUCCCCCAACACCACCACCGGCCUUCCCCUUUCCACAGCCCCAGGAACGAGGCCUCUUGAAACCAGAAGACUGUCUCUCUACCAGGCACAUGACUCUAAAACUGGCCUCCUACUGUGUGGUUGGGUGGGGACUUUAAGGUCUUUUUAACGUAAUGCCCUUGUAAAGAGGAAGUUUGUGAAGAUGAAGGAAAUCCUAUUGUGAGUGUAUGCAAGUGAAAACGGGUGCACAUGACUGACUAUUAUUAUCCUCCUUUGCCAAAAUCAUAAUGGCAGUUUGGCUUCAGUGACAUGCAGUGGAGUGGUUGGAGUUCAUGACUCACUUUUGGAAAUUGUUUAUCCAAGCAACCUCACAAAGUACUGAACUCCAGCUCUAAGGAGGAUACUGUAUAGCCAGAAACAGUGUUACACAAUAAUAUACCUCUGAAUGUAAUGCCUUGAUUUGAGACAGACCCACCAAUAUCAGAAACAAUAUUAGAAGGUUAUCUGAUUGACAGAACAAGCCCUUUUGUGGCACUCAGAUAUUUUAAAAAGUGCAAUAUGGUCUUUAUUCUUCUUACCUUUUUUUAUUAUAUAUUUCUUGCAACUUAAAAGGCUGUGACAGAAUACUUAUGCUUUUCAGUCUAUUUAGACCUUUGUCGAUAAAUUAGGCUAAUUAAAAUAUUUACUGAGAAUUAUUUCUCUGCAAUAUAUGUCCUAAUAGAGACUGUAUCACAGCAGGGAGUGCACAAGCAACAUUAUCAGAAAUUGUAUGAUUUUUUUAUUGCUUUCCCUCUCUCAUGCUUUUUGUGACAUAUUUCUGUGCCAAAUGUUUCUAACAGGGUCUGUAAGACAUUCAUCUUGCCUACUUGUCUAUAUUUCUACCAAAUAUGCAGUGUACAGUACAGACGUUAGAUCCAUGAGACAUUUAAAAUACAAAAUGUGUAUUCCAUUAGGUAUUACAGUACAUUUCAGAACUGAGAUAAGCUACAGUAGUGCUGGGAAUGUGCUCUUUGUUUUUGCUUUGAAGUAUCACCACGUGCAAAUGCCUAACCCUGAAAUCUGCACUGUUAACUUUGAGUCUCACCAGCAUUUAUUUGAUGCUUAUUUCUUCAUCAGUGUAGGGUUGGAAAAGUCAUGGUGCUUUUGUGAAUGCUUGUUGCUCUUUGCACAUUUGUGUCUGCACGUUGGAACGUUGGUAAUUCCCAGUUGGAAAUAUGCAAGAAAUUUUUAUUUCCUUAAAUCCUCUCUCUCUUCUCUCUAAUCUUUCUCAAAAAUUAAGACUUUGCAUUGUAUGUCUCAGAUGCGAAAUGUGUUAAAUAUUAGCACCACUCCCCCCAUUUGUGUGAAGGUUUAGAUAGUUUAGAUGUAUUGAUCAAAUUCUUUAAACAUAUCUCUGUGAACUCAGAUGCCAUUCACCAAAGUACUAUUUACUGUUUGCCAACCUACUUUAUAUUUUUAAGGUGUUUUAAUUGGGGGGGAUAAACAGCUUGUAUUAACAAGAACAAUUAGGUAAUGUAUCAUUCGAAUUAUAACCGAUGAAGAUGGAAGCUGAGUUGUCUAAACUUUACAAAAUGAUAAUCUACUGGUCUGAGAGUUAAAGCUGCACUUUUGUUUCUCUUACCGAGAUUGUGCUUCAAGAUUGUUGGGAGGUCGUUUCUUCUUUAUCAAAGCCACAUUGUUAUUUUUUCAAUUAAAACAACUGUAAAAUGAAAACUGUACAACUGAAACGAUAUUUCACACAGUGCCUGUAAGGAAAUAAAAAAACAAUAAAGAAGUUAAGAAAUA